AUGACGACCAAUCAUGAUGUCGUUUCACCCUUGGAGCACACCAAGUCCACCAAUUCCCUCGAUGCCCCAGUCGAUGAGAACAAGACCCCAGAGACAACAGACUUGGAAAUCGUACCUUCAAAACGUGAUGGGGAAGUCGAGGUCAUCAACGAAGCGGAUUACACCCCGGCCGAGUACAAAAAGAUCCUCCGGAAGAUCGAUCGUUUCCUCCUGCCAUUGAUGUGGUUCUGCUAUGGCGUUCAGCAGACAGACAAGACCUCCCUCGGUACGCAGGCAAUCUUUGGUCUGCGUGAGGAUACUGGCCUCGUUGGACAACAAUACAGUUGGUUGACGACUAUCUUCUAUAUCGCGUACAUGUGUGGAGAAUUCCCAUCCAACUUCUUGCUCCAGCGAUGGAGCCUGGGCAAGGCGUUGUCUAUUUACAUGUUCGCCUGGGGGGUCUGUGUCACUUGCAUCGGCGCUGCUCAGAACUGGACCCAUCUUAUGGUCCUUCGAGCAUUGCAAGGAUUCUUCGAGUGCACCAUAAGCCCUGGAUUCGUAUUGGUCAUUGGGUCUUGGUAUACCAGAGACGAGCACUCAUCAAGAUCGCUUUUCUUCCAGUCAGCCAACGCAGGAUUUGGCAUCAUCGGCAACCUUUCCAUGUACGGAAUCGGUUCUCACGCAGAGAAAUACGGCGGUCUGGCUGCCUGGCGAUGCAUCUCGCUGUUCUUGGGUGCCACAACCGUGGUGCUGUCUCUGAUCUGCUUCGUCAUGCUUGGAAGCCCAAAGGAGGUCAGGUGGUUGAAUGCCGAAGAGCGAAGGAUGGCACAAUCUCGAAUCCUUUCCAACAAGGCUGGCCGAGACGUAACUGGUGUGAAGUGGUGCUGGCCACAAGUCGCCGAAGCAUUCCGUGAUCCACAGCUUUGGUUCUGCAUGAUUAACGCCUUCCUGUCCUCCGUGCCGAAUGGUGGCCUCACGACCUUCAGCGCCAUCAUCAUGAAAAACUUCGGCUUCACAGAGCUACAAGUUCUGCUGGUUGAGAUUCCUCGCUCCGUCACGUCCGUCGUCAUCUUCAUCAUCGUUGGCUUUUACACUAGAGCAGUGCCGGAGAGAAGAAUGUUCAUCAUGGCAGCCGCAUGCAUUCCGCCAUUCGUGGGACUUCUCGCUAUGUCUAUGCUGGACGAUACGCCUGGGAACAAAUGGACCAAGUGGGGAAUGUACUUCAUCACAGUGCCAUAUGUGCUUGCGCUGUUCUUGGCUUGGACACUCAUUCCUAGUAAUGUCGCUGGCAGGACUAAGAAGACCAUCAUCAGCUCGGCGACCUUCGUUGGGUAUUGUGUGGGGAACAUGGCAGGAUCUCAAAUCUUCAAGAGCAAAGAUGCGCCUCGCUAUGUUCCCGGGACUAGUGGUGCUUGCGUGUGCCUCGGACUGGAGUUUGUCUUGAUCUGCAGCUGGCGAUUCUACUACAUCUGGCAAAAUAAGAAGCGAGAUAGGGCGGCAGCAGCAAGUGGUCUUAGCAAAGAAGAGCAGGAGAGAAUUGGACGAGAGAUGGGCGAGAAUAACAUGACGGACUUACAGAACCCGCACUUCAGAUACACGACAUAG